AUGGCUGAGAGAUAUGCAGCAGGGCUUCUGAACGAAUUAAGGAUAAAUGAAAAGGUCAGCAUUAUAGGGAAAGUUGACGGAGAGUGGGAAAACGGGAUAUUUUUAGCUGACAACACUGCUAGGAUCAGAGUUAAGGAUAUAUCAAAAGGUCUUACUGGAAUUGUGGAAAUCAGAGGGGAAGUUGUGGGAAACUAUGAAGUCAGGUGUGAAAGUUAUAACGAAUUUGAAGCUACAAAUUUUGAUUUCAGCAAAAGAGCUGAACUUGUGAGACUUUAUCAGCAGUUCUCUGAAAUUGGGGUUUAA